CAGGUGAUCUGCAACUCUUUCACCAUCUGUAAUGCGGAGAUGCAAGAAGUUGGUGUUGGCCUAUAUCCUAGCAUGUCUUUGCUUAAUCACAGCUGCGACCCCAACUGUUCAGUCGUGUUCAACGGGCCCCACCUCUUAUUGCGUGCAGUCCGAGACAUCGAGGUGGGAGAGGAGCUCACCAUCUGCUACCUGGAUGUGCUGAUGACCAGCAAGGAGCGCAGGAAGCAGCUGAGGGACCAGUACUGCUUUGAGUGUGACUGCGUCCGAUGCCAAACCCAAGACAAGGAUGCCGAUAUGCUAAUGGGUGAUGAGCAGGUGUGGAAGGAAGUUCAAGAAUCUCUGAAGAAAAUCGAGGAACUGAAGGCGCACUGGAAGUGGGAACAGGUCCUGGCCAUGUGUCAGACGAUCAUAAGCAGCAACUCCGAACGGCUUCCCGAUAUCAACAUCUACCAGCUAAAGGUGCUGGACUGCGCCAUGGACGCCUGCAUCCACCUCGGGCUGCUGGAGGAGGCGCUGUUCUAUGGCAUUCGGACCAUGGAGCCGUACAGGUAA